AUGAAAGAGCACCAAGAAAGGGUCGAUAAAAUACCUGGCGCUCCUAAACUUCUACCAAAAUGCGAUGUUGGUCGAUUUGUCGAACAGCCAAACAGCGAGGGAGCUGCUCCUCACCCCAUCACGAAAACCUUCAAAAUGCCGCCAUAUUUGAGAAUAUACGACGGAACCGCAGAUCCAGAGGAUCAUCUGAUCCAUUACGUCACCGCAGUGAAGGGCAACGACCUGUCCAAAGAACAAGUGCCAUCCGUGUUGCUAAAAAAGUUCGGUGAGACUUUGAUAGGAGGAGCGUUAACAUGGUAUUCCCAGCUACCAGCACGAUCGAUAUCGACAUUUGAGGAAAUGGCGGACAAAUUCGCUAUCGCUCAUUCAGGAGCGAAAAAGGCUGAAGCUAGGGUCAACUAUAUCUUCGCCAUCAAGCAAACGGCGGGCGAGGGACUUCGAGACUUCCUGGCCCGAUCCAACAGAGUAAGGAUGGGACUGCCAAAUGUGUCAGAAGGAAUGGCGGUCGUAGCCUUCCAAAAUGGGUUAAAUAGGAACGGAUCAAAGGCAACCAAGAAAUUGCUCAACAGACUCAUGAAGUAUCCCCCCACCACGUGGGAGGAGAUUCACAACGCCUACUGCGCCGAGGUAAGAGCGGACGAGGACGAUCUUAAUGGCCCAACACAGCGGCUAACAUUCGUUCAGACCGAGGCAAGAAGGUAUCGACGCAACGAUGGGCGAAGGGAUCAACCCACGCAUUUCAAUCGAGAAAGACAUCAGCCCUAUGUCAGAGCAUCUAACCCACCUCCUCCAAGGCAUCCAGAUGCCGUGCUACAACACACCGCACCCUUUCGAAACGAAAGAGGUAUGCCUCCAUUGUUAUCUGCUCAUAGCUUUUGUGUUUCCCCUUCAGAGAUAGUGUACGCACUAGAGAAGUUGGGCACGAAGGUGAAAUGGCCACGAAAAAUGAAAUCGGACCCAAGCGCGAGAAGAUCAAAUGUCCUCUGUGGAUUCCAUCAGGAAAGAGGAAACAAGACCGAAAACUGCAUAUGCCCACGGCAGGAGGUGGUCAGGAUGUUGAAUCAGGGGUACCUGAAAGAAUUGCUCAGCGAUAAAGGGAGGGCCAAUUUCGCAAGAGGACGUGACUCCUCUCAAGGACCUCCAAAGCCACCAUCGCCAGCACGUACCAUACAGAUGAUUAUCGGUGGAGGCGACAACUCAGUAAUCAACUAUGUGAAAUUCACCACCACGCAUAAGCUCAAACGGACGGUCGCCCACGAACGGUAUGAUGACUUCGAAGACAGUAUCACCUUCGAAAAGUCAGAUACCAACGGUUUGUCUUUCCCUCAUUAUGAUGCUUUGGUUAUAACGCUACGCAUCGCUGAUACAGAUGUAAAAAGAAUAAUGGUAGACGAUGGAAGCAGCACGUGUAUUAUCCACCCGAGAGUUCUCAUGCAAAUGAAGCUCGAGGAUAAAAUAAUAUCGCAUUGCAUAACACUAACGGGUUUUAACAAUGCAGUAGAGCUGACAUCCGGUGAAAUACCGCUGCCAGUCCUAGCAGGGGGAGUCACGCUGGAAACCACAUUCCACGUCAUGGACCAGGAAACAACCUAUAAUGCCAUAAUAGGACGCCCAUGGAUACACGCCAUAUAUGCCGGGGAUCCCAAAGGACAUUGCCACUCACAGGCUAAACGUCGACCCACUCUAUCCGCCGGACGGCAGAUGAGGAGAAAAUUCAAUGCUGCUAUCAAUGAAGCGGUCAGCGAGGAAGUGGACAAAUUGCUCGCCAACGGCAUGCCCAAAAGAUUCCUUCUCACUCCCCCAUAUCGACCAGCUGAUCGAUGCGACAGCGGGGCACAAACUGCUGAGCUUUUUGGAUUCCUACUCCGGUUACAGCUAAAUUCUAAUGGCUGA